UCCUGGAAAAUAUGAUGAUCUGAAGUUAAGUAUUUUAAUUCCGCCAAAAAAAAAAAAAAAUUAAGUAUUUUAAUGCAGACACCAAACGCGUCCCGAUGUGGUAAUUAUCAACUUCUAGAUGAAUGAUGACUUCUAAAUGAGAAGUGGGAAUGUGGUGUGGGAUUUAUUAUAGAAUAACCUUUGAAUAUAUUGGCAUGAUGCCAAUAAGAAGUAUAGAAUAACAGAGAACUACUAUGUGCUGAUCACAAUAUUAAAGUAUACGGCUCUAUUCUAAUAUAUGAUCACGCAUGCGUUGACCAUUCCUAGAUACCUUUAGUGAGAAAACAAAAUAGUAUAGAAUUAGUAGAAAUCUAUAACGGCAUUAUGACUUUGCCUUAGAACAGAAGCAAAAGAUAUCUUGAAAUGUUGAAAAGUCCUACACUUCUAUUCCUAUUUUAACCGGUUUCAUGUUGUAAACAAUGGGGGCAUAAAGACUUAAUCUUACAGCAAGAACCUAAACUUAAGGUCCUAAUACAACUCAUUCGACCCUCUAGAAGACUAUAAAGUCAAAAACUCUAAACUGUGCGCGUUAGGCUAGAUAUCAGCAUUUUCUGGAAGCCUACAUGUACCCAUUAUCUAGAUCGAAUUGUCCAAAACCCGAACACUAUAUAUACCAGAAAGCUGAAGCCAACAUUCCCACAAACAAGUAAUAUCAUCAAUUCAUACUACACUUGCCCAAUUUAUCCAUCUUAUACUUCAGAGAGCCAAACAGAAAAAAGAUUACACAUUCUAUUUCAAAGCUUUCCAGGUAAUCAACAAAAAUGGCUGAGAAGAUCCAACAGGCCUUGGCAUCAGUCAAAGGAUACACUACCAGAAAAGAUGAGCAACUACCUACCUUCCAAUCUGAGGAGGAGCUCAAACGACAGAAGAGGAUCAAAUUGUUUAAAUAUAUUGGUAUUUUCAUUGUGUUCCAAAUCAUAGUCAUGACCGUGUUUGGUCUCACCGUGAUGAAAGUGAAAACACCUAAGGUGAGAUUGGGAGCCAUCAGUGUCCAAGAGCUCACCUCUGUCCCUGCAACACCUUCGUUCAACACAAGCUUCACAACCCAAAUCAGGGUCAAGAACACAAAUUGGGGUCCCUAUAAGUUUGAUGCAGGCAUUGCAACAUUCAUGUACCAAGGCGUGCCUGUGGGGCAAGUUGCUAUUCCUAAGAGCAAAGCUGGAAUGCGCUCCACCAAGAAGAUCAACGUCGAAGUGAGUUUAAACACUGAUGCAUUGCCAAGCAGUUCAACUCUUAGCAAUGAAUUGAACAGCGGGGUGUUGACGCUGACCAGCCAAGCAAAAUUGACCGGAAAGGUUGAAUUGAUGCUCAUAAUGAAGAAGAAGAAGUCUGCCAAUAUGGACUGCACCAUAGCUUUUGAUUUAUCCACAAAGACGGUCAAAAGUUUACAAUGCAAGUGAGAGUUGAACUACUACUUCGGAGCUCUAAAUAGGCUAGUUCAGCUACUGGAUUGCGAGUGAUCGAUCAAGACUAGCUAGUUCUUGAUUUGUUUAUUUAUUUCAUUCUUUUUGUCUCUUGAUACUUGGAUUUGUUGUAGAGCUAUACGAUGUCAUUUAUUCAUUGAUUUUUUACCCAGAGGCCACUGUAUUUCUUCUUUACCUGCUGUAACAUUAUUGAAUAUAGAAUUUUGGACAGAUCCUAGCUUUCUAUUAA